CGCCAGUCGCCGCCCAUGGGCAGGGCGUUUUGAGUAAUAAUGUGACAAAGCCGCCAUUCGGCAUGGUACGGUUUUGCAGCCCGGUCACGUUUGCAUCGGCAUGGCCCUUGAUUCUGCUUUUGUGCAGGUGCUGGUCAAGUUCUACUGCAACGUGAACUGGACGCAGCACGGCCAAUGGGUGGGCUGGCUACAGGAGACCACAUUGAUCAGAUCCACUGCAGGAUAGGAUGAUGUGAUGACUUGGCUGCAUUCCAUCCAUGUUUGCCCCUGCCUGUGGUCGGUUUUUUUUUUUCCCCCUCCAGCCGCAUGUGGUAGGCUCGUCGGGUGCGCUGGGCGAGUGGAAUGCCCGCGGCGCACUGCCGCUGUUCGCAGAGGGCACCUUCCCAUGGUUCACGGGCCAGGUAUGUACAGAGCCCAGCCAGCAAAAGGCGAAGCCAAGGAGACCACGGGAUCUGCUGCAUCCAUCAUGGCAUGGUGUCACCCCUUUCUGUCAGGUGACGGUGCAGCGUGGGACCCAUGAGUGGAAGGUAACGGCAGAGCAGACCGCAGAGACGCCACAUGGGGGCAAUGACACCAGUGACCUGAUCUCUUUAAGUGUUUGGUGGCUCUGUGUUCUGUGGUUGUGGCGUGUGUGCAGUUGAUAGUCAAGGAGCGUGACGGCGGAGUGGUGUGGGAGGGCGGUACCAACCGGCUGCUCGAGAUCGAGACCUACUGCCCGUUCCCCUCGUCCGCGCACGACCCCCUUACGCCCCCGCCCAACGUGCUGUCCACCACACCCACCCCCAACGGCAUAGUCUUCAUGCAGGUCCACUGGGGCCAGCCGUCGCCGCGCAUCCUCCUCCACAUCCCCGCCACCAACCCCAUGUCGGCCUCCUCGCCGCAGCAGUCCAUCGCACGCGCGCCGUCGCUGCCCCUGCCACACACACAGGUGACGUGACUGACGUGUGUGCAGAGAGAGAUAAAGUUGGGCGCUCUCAUCGAUGCUCUGCCCGCCAAAUGCAAUCGAUGCAGGCAAUUUCGCGGUAUGAUAGUGGGCGCCGUUCUCCGCCGUCUGCGUUGGCCGCUCCCCCUGUGGCAGUGACUGAGACCCUCCCAGCCCCGCCCAAGCAGCAGCCACAGCAGCACCAGCAGCACCAGCAACACCAGCAGCAGGCCAGAGAGCAAGACACCAACAGCACCAUACCUGAGGUGCCAUUCCAGGCGCUGACCGACCCAGACAGCAACACCAUCAACAGCAGCACCAAGCCGGUUGUGGCGAUGGCGGUGGUGGCCACCAGUGGGUCGUCAUCAUCUCGUCAGCAUGCGGGGAGCCAGGCUGUGGUGGCGAAGCUGGACAAGGGCGUCCAGGGGCAGGGGGGCGGUGCCUGUGGUGGGGGUGACGGUGGGCGUAAGGAGGAGAUAGAUGGGGUGCGGCUGCAGCUGGAUAGACUGGCUGACCAGAUGGGCACCAUGGUACGAGAGAGGGAGGGAGGGGGGCGAUAGAUAGCGACGCGCAUUGUGUGUGGUGUUGGUGUUGGUGUGGUGUCUGUCUGUCUGUCUGUCUGCAGACGUGUUUGUAUGAGUCGCUGCUGUUGGAGACCAAGCAGCUGGUAAGCAGGAUGGAUGCAUCCGAUGUUACACACAUAUGGAUGACGACCAAUGGACGGACGAACGGGUGUCUGCAGAGCUCUCGUGUAGACGAGUUGACCGCCGCUGAGGCGGCAACCUUGGAAGCCGCAAAUACCGCAGUCAAGAGGUCACAAUGAGACAAACAUUCAACACGUGAUGACGAACACACCACGCCGAACGUCUCAUUGUUUGUGUCUUUCUUAUCCAUCAGGGAGUUUCCCCCGGCACCGUUCGCCAUGCCGCCCUUCCCCUUCUACGCCCACCCAUACGCAGCCCCCUACGCCCCAUACCUUUACACACACCCCCACCCUCAACCGCACCUAACAAACGCCCCACCACAGCCGAUCUACGAGGAACUCCGCACACUGCUGACCCGGCAGCAGCAGCAGCAGCAGCAGCAGCCACAGCCACAGCAGACGGAGCCCCACCCUUACACAGCCAACAGAGCCAUGGAGGGGCAGACAUUGCUAGCAGAGGAGGGGCAGGAGGAGCACGGGCAGCACAGCGAGCCGGCGAGACGCAUGAAUCUCUUCCGUCACCAUCAGGAGUCGGCAGCCGCGCUCGAGACAUUCCACCUCACCCGCGCCAAGCAGACCAGUGCAGUGCCGUCCAAGGUGCCCGCGCCCUUUCUCAUCAAGCAGGAGGACAUCUCACCGUCCCUCUCGCCCCCCGCCGUGCCCACGGAGACCUCGCCCAGCUGCCAGCUGCAGGGCCUGUCGCCGCCCGUGGUGCCCACCACCACAACAAACGAUACACGCAAGGACACCAUCCACGUGAACGUCUCACCCCCACUCCCGAUCCCGGUGCCAGUGGGUGGUGCUGGUGCUCCCGGUGGUGGUGGCGGGGUCAAGGGCAAGAGGGGCGGGCCUGUGUUGGGUACUAGUGGUGGUGUGGUGAAGGAGGCCGGGCUGCCGCGGUUUGGGAUAGGGGGCGAUCGCGAUGAGGGGCCGGUGGUGGGAGGAGGGGCAGAGAGAGGCAAGGGGGAGGCAAAGUUGGAAGACGGAGGAGGGUAUGUAGAUGUCAAGGAUAGGGAGAAUUUCCGCCGUCGGUGGCAGGUGGACCCCGUCAGCGCCGGCAGCAAGGGCAAACUCUCAGGUGACACACAUACACACACAUAAUACUGCCGUCCAUCCAUGUGGAUUGCUCCUGAUUGCUCCUCCCCCAGGCCCGACUCUCUCACUGUCGCCCCCGUUCCUGACCUACAAUGUGUCCGCCAAGGCCCCCACGGCCAUCGAACCGAAAGAACCCAAAGGCCCCGCACCAGCCCCCCUGCGACCGCCCAAGCAGGCCCUCUCCCCGCCCUCCCUGCCAUCGCCCCUCUCACACAACGUCACUGUCCCGCCCGUCACGCCCACCAAGACGGCCGUCAGCAAAAACCCCAGCAACCUGCGACACGCCAAAGGAGCACCCAAGAAACCUGCCUUCAAUGCACUGGUGGUUGAGAAGGGGCGAGACGCCAGUGGCAGCGGCAGUGGCAGUGGCAGCAACGAGUCGGAGCGUCGGCUUGGUUCGCGGUUGGUGGUGGCCAAGGCGGCGGCGGCGGCUGCUGCUGCUGGUGGUGUGGGUGGUGUGGGUGAGUUGCCUGUGACGGGAGGGAGUGGUGGGUCGACGGGCAGCCUUAGCGGUGUGGCGGUGUACGAUUUGGAGGACAACGACGCCAAGAGUGAGAUCAACAUGGACGGACGGGGCGGCGAGGACGAUGCCGACAUCGACCUCAGAGGAUGGUACAUCCCCCCUACCGUCAAGACAGAACGAGACACCCACCGAGACCGACACACGAGCUCUCUCUCUCUCUCUGUGUGUGUGUGUGUGUGUGUGGUUGUCCACCAUCCAUCAGGGAUAUCGAGCUGAUCCCCGGUGCCACCCCGCGACCCUUCGGCAGCCAGGACCUAGAGGUAGACGGAGAUGGCAUUGGGGGUGGCGAUGGUGAUGGUGCCGAGGAUGGUGAGGACGGCUACGGCACGUAUGAGAGACACGAUAGCACCUCGCGGCACAUGGAGGGCCACCAGGGCAGCCUCAGCCGCCUGCAAAGCCGACUGAUGCGGGACCCAUUCACCGUCGGCAAGAUGAACCAGUCUUACGAAGUCAUGUGAACGGGACGGGAGAGAGAGAGAGAGGGAAACAGGUAGGGAGACGUAGAU